GCUAGCCCGAACUGUUGGCGAACACUCCACGACUGUCGAUUGUUCAGUCAUCGUGACACAGCAGGCUGCAUGAGCGAAAGCCGGCAAAUGGCGUAAAACAUGGCAAGGGAACAGGAGGCCAUUCAAACAUCAUAUGCCGCCUUCUUCUUACUCUUACCUUUCCCAUAUCUCCGCUAUGAAUCGAUCAGAGGUUCUAGGGGCCUUUAACAAAUGGAAGUGGCCGGUAGCUGGUGUAGCGGCAGCAUUUGUAGGGUCACUGUACUCGCUCGGUUUUACUCAAACGUUUCAUCUUUACGCCGCUGGUGACGGUCACAAUGGCAAAGACGUCUCGGGAUCCUUUGGAGUGAGAGGGCUGUUAAAAAAACUGAUUCACGACUUUCUUCAGAAUGGUCAAGGACCAGACAAACCACCACUCAGCCCAAGCGAGGCGAGUCGAAUCAUCCGGAGAAAUGAACGCAGGGUUGAUGUCAACGUGGGAAAUGUCUUGUACUACGAUUCAAAUAUUCUCCCAUCUAAUGAGCCAACUGAAGAUCGGAACGCUGAAUGCGAAAUGCUCUCGAGUAAUGGUACUUUAUUUAGUGUAAUCGAUGGGCACGGUGGCUAUCAUUGCGCUGAAGCAGUGAAAAAGCGCCUACCCUUGUAUGUUGCACUCGCUUUACUAAAGGAGACAGAUCUUACGCAAUUUGAAAAAGAAAUUGUUGAGGAUCUGCUCAUUUCACGAUUUUCCGAUAAAAGUGGACCAAAGACGUCGGUAGCAAAUGAUAGUAGUUCUGAUAACGAUCUAUCAAAGAAACAAGACGUCUUUCACACUGGUCCAAAAUAUAUGGUUCAAGCCUUACAGGCCAGACUGGAAAAUGGUUGCCGUCUUAGUAUGGAUGAAGCUUUGAGCUUUGCUUUCACCCACCUUGACGAUGAUAUUGUGACUGAGGCUAUCCCUGUUAAGGUUCUAGAUGAUUCUUUUCUUGCUGGAGCAAGUGGUGCCUGCACAAUUGCAGCCUACAUAGAGGGAGAUCAGUUGCUUGUUGCCAAUGCAGGAGAUUGCCGUGCUGUGCUUGGUAGUGUUAAUGGCGAUGGAAGUUGGGUCGCUACUCCGUUAUCUGCUGAUCAAACAGCCAAUAGUAGAGAGGAAUUUCAGAGAGUGUGGUCACAACACCCUGGAGAAGAAGCAACUGUUAUCAAGAAUGGUCGUCUUCUUGGUCAGCUCCAACCCUUGCGUGCAUUUGGGGACAUACAGUACAAGUGGGACAGAGUAACACACAACCAUAUUCUUACACAAGUCUAUGGAGGCCCUAUUGUGCCGCCUCAUGUUUACAAGUCACCACCCUACCUUACUGCAGAACCUGUUGUCACCAAAAGGCAACUGAGGUCAAAGGAUAGAUUCCUUAUCCUGGCAACAGAUGGAUUGUGGGAUUCAAUGUCCAGUGAUAAGGCUGUUGAGCUUGUAGGGCAGUUUGUAAAUGGCGCAGGUAGAAAGAGUGAUGUGCUUGAACAUAACGCAGCAAGUCAUCUCAUUCGGCAUGCAAUUGGUGGGAAUGAUCACCACUUUGUUGCCCAGAUGUUGCUGGUGCCAGAUCAGUAUCGGCGUAUGUGGAGAGAUGAUAUCACUGUUACUGUUGUGUUCUUCAAUUCGGAGGAGGUCAAGAUAUCCAGUCAGCUUUAAGAUCUAAGGUUAUUUUGAUUAAUCUACAAACUUAAUCACUUCCUCCACUGUAAUUUUGCUCCCUGGAGAUACUGUACCAACUACACAGGCAUCAGAAUAAAAGCUGACACAAA